AUGGCUGGUAAAGAUGGAAAAGAAGAAAUAGUUAAAGAAGGUUUUAUGGUAAAGCGCUCUCAAAAUAAAAAACGUUUCACUCCUGUUAAUUAUAAACAACGUUGGUUUGUUCUUACAAAGAACUAUUUAAUUUACUAUGAUGGUGAUGGUGAUAGAAAAAAAGAAAAAGGAAGAGUUUUAUUAACUGGCGUUCACGUCAUCGAAUCAGCAAAACUUUCAAGUAACGGUGAAGUUAAUACUCUGUCCGAUACUCAUCCUCAGGGGUACCCGUUUCAAGUAGGGUAUCAAGAAAACGAUCAAAAAUAUAUUUUGUAUUUGCUAGCCGAAAAGGAUCAAGAUAGAAUUGAUUGGAUUCAAUCCAUUCGUAGAGUUUGUUUAGAUAAUUCUUUGAAAUCUGAAAGAUAUCACAGAGGUGUCUGGUCAGGGAAACGUUGGUCUUGUUGUCGUUUGUCCAACCGUUCUGCGAGUGGUUGUAAUAUUUGUUCGUCUUGGUCGAGGGCUGCACUCACAACCCUAUUGAGACAAUCCUCGACAGAAAGCCUUGUAAAAAAUAGUCCGACUAAAGUUGAAGAAUUAGAAUCGUUUGUUUCAAAAUCAAGCCUGAAUUGCAAUAGCAUUAUGCCGGGCGGUGCUCCUGGCACCCCCUCUUCCAAAAACAAAAUUCCAGAAAAAAUCAUGCUCAGGCCCAAAGUUGUAGUUGCUUUAUAUCCUUUUAAAGCAAUCGAAGGGGGAAACUUGUCUCUCGAUAAAGGUGCCGAAUAUGAAGUAGUCGAUGAUUCCCAGGAACACUGGUGGAAAGUUAAAAACGCCUCCGGUGUCAUCGGAUACAUUCCUAGUAAUUACGUUAAAGAAAAAGAAUUAUUAGGUCUUCAAAAAUAUGAGUGGUAUGUCGGUGAUAUGUCUCGGCAAAGAGCGGAAUCUCUACUUAAACAGGAAGAUAAAGAAGGAUGUUUUGUUGUAAGGAAUUCUUCAACUAAGGGACUCUAUACACUUUCCUUAUAUACAAAAGUCCCUCAUCCUCAUGUUAAACAUUAUCAUAUUAAGCAAAGCGCCAGAGGGGAUUUUUUUUUAUCAGAAAAACAUUGCUGUGGUUCCAUACCGGAUUUAGUUAAUUACCAUCGUCACAAUAGCGGAGGGUUGGCAUCCAGACUUAAAACGAGUCCUUGCGAUCGUCCAGUGCCCGCAACUGCCGGUUUGAGUCACGACAAGUGGGAAAUUUCUCCUACGGAACUCAUGCUUCAAGAAGAACUAGGAUCCGGGCAAUUCGGAGUCGUCAGAAGAGGAAAAUGGAGAGGAUCGAUUGACGUUGCCGUAAAGAUGAUGAAAGAAGGUACCAUGUCUGAAGAUGAUUUUAUAGCAGAAGCAAAAGUAAUGACAAAACUUCAACAUCAAAAUUUGGUUCAACUAUAUGGAGUGUGUAGUAAACAUAGACCAAUAUAUAUUGUUACCGAGUACAUGAGGCACGGAUCUCUUUUAAAUUAUUUAAGAAGACACGAGCAAACUUUAGGUGCCAACGUUGGUCUUUUACUAGAUAUGUGCAUACAGGUUUGCAAGGGAAUGGCUUAUUUAGAAAGACAUAAUUACAUACAUCGUGAUUUAGCGGCUAGAAAUUGCUUAGUAGGAAGUGAAAAUGUAGUUAAAGUUGCUGAUUUUGGACUGGCUAGGUAUGUUUUGGAUGAUCAGUAUACGAGUUCAGGCGGUACAAAAUUUCCUAUAAAAUGGGCUCCUCCAGAAGUAUUGAAUUAUACUAGGUUUUCGUCUAAAAGCGAUGUUUGGGCUUACGGAGUUCUUAUGUGGGAAGUCUUUACUUGUGGUAAAAUGCCAUAUGGUCGAUUAAAAAAUACAGAAGUUGUAGAAAGAGUGCAAAGAGGAGUAAUUUUAGAAAGACCCAAAAUUUGUUUAAAGGAGGUUUACGACGUAAGUUUAAUUUUUUAA